AUGAUGGUCACCCCGCUCACACUGGGCGGAUUUAUCCCCCACAACGGCAUCCCUCCUUUGUAUGCAACAACCUGGCCCCCGCAACCUCACUACAGCCACGACAUCGAAGACGACCAAACAGACGUCGACAUUGAGAUUAUCGAAACUGCUUCAGAAAACAACAUACCGACAGAAAACUCAUCUAUCCUCAGCGACAGCGAAAUCGUUGAGGGCCAGGAUCCCUAUCUAUUUUACGUUCUUCCUAAGCAAGAAGACCAGCAUGAGAUGGAAGAUCCCUUCGUACUGGUCAUUGCUUACCGACGAGAUGAACGACUUAGCCAGUCCACCAUCCCCGACGGCGACCAGGCUAACCCGUGGACAAAUGCCACGCCUCAUCCCUACGAAAAUCCAAACGGAGAUGAGUGGUAUAGUGAUCAUUCCGGCAGCGUCCCCUCCAGCAUGGUAAACUCUGUCAUCAUUGAUCCAGAUGCUGAUGACGUCACCUGGGGAAGAGGGAGUUGCGUCGAGCCAAUGCCCAUGACCUGUUCGUCCUUCAGCUCGUCUCAAAUGGCUUUGGGUGGUUGGUGUGAAUCAUCAAGCGUUUGCAUCAAGUAUGCGGGGUCACAUCUCGCCGAGAUGCUUGAGAAUUAUGCGGCACCGUAUCCCGAAGCUAUUAGCGUCAUAUAG